CACGGAGCCUGUAUAGUACGAAACGGAAGCGUUGCCCAGUCGUUCGUUUCCGUCUUCCAAGUGCCUGUCAGCCAUUACUGCUCUGCUCGCCGGGUAUUGCAGGGUAUAACUGGUACAACUGACAUAGUUUCCGAAAAAUCGAAGACCGUUCCUAGGGACCUACUAGCGUGUCAGCCAGAUUCUUCUGAACUUUCGCCGACAUGUAUAACAAUACGUAUUCCAAUCAUACCAGUUAUAGACCCAGGGGAAGUAGAAAUUGUAGCAGUCGUAAUGGAGGAGGAACGUACUGGAACAGCCAGCAGCAUACACAAAAGGAAAAGUCCCUUAAGAAGCAGGUCCAAAGGAGAAUUCCUGGGGAUUCAUUGAAAAAGCCUAUGUGGGAUUUGGCCAAGUUACCGGUGAUCACAAAAAAUUUAUAUAUUCCACAUAUCAAUGUUUUGAAAAGAUCAACCGAUGAUGUUCACAAAUAUCACAUUGGCAAAGAGAUCACUGUGAAGGGAAACAAUACUCCUUCUCCAAUUCAAGCGUUUGAAGAAAGUAAUUUCCCAGAUUAUGUGAUGGAAGAGAUUAGAAAGCAGGGUUUUGCUGAACCAACAGCAAUUCAGGCACAGGGCUGGCCCAUUGCACUUAGUGGACGCGACUUAGUUGGAAUUGCUCAAACUGGAUCUGGAAAAACUCUAGCUUAUAUUUUACCAGCAACGGUACACAUUAACAAUCAACCACGUUUGAACCGGGGAGACGGACCGAUCGUUUUAAUACUCGCACCUACAAGAGAGCUAGCUCAGCAAAUUCAGACUGUUGCUAGGGAGUUUGGUUCCUCGUCGUGCAUUCGUAACACUUGCAUUUUCGGUGGUUCCCCGAAAGGGCCUCAAGCUCGUGAUCUAGAGCGCGGCGUUGAGAUAUGUAUCGCAACUCCUGGUAGACUAAUCGAUUUCCUUGAAAAGGGAACCACGAACUUGCGCAGAUGCACAUACCUCGUAUUGGACGAGGCAGAUAGAAUGUUAGACAUGGGAUUCGAGCCGCAAAUCCGAAAAAUCAUUGAACAAAUUAGACCUGAUAGACAGGUGCUAAUGUGGUCUGCGACAUGGCCAAAAGAAGUGCAGGCACUGGCUGAAGAUUUUCUCUCAGAUUACAUUCAAAUUAACAUAGGUUCUCUUACAUUGGCCGCCAAUCACAAUAUUCGUCAGAUCAUAGAGAUUUGUCAGGAGCACGAGAAAGAGACGAAACUUUCAAGUUUAUUGAGACAGAUUGGCAAGGACAGAGGAAGCAAGACGAUUAUUUUCGUUGAAACAAAGAAAAAGGUGGAUGAUAUCACCAAAGCUAUUAAACGAGAAGGUUGGCCGGCUAUCUCUAUUCAUGGUGACAAAUCGCAACCUGAAAGAGAUUAUGUAUUAUCUGAGUUCAGAAAUGGGAAAACAAUGAUUCUUGUUGCUACAGAUGUUGCUGCUCGUGGUUUGGACGUUGAAAAUGUGAAGUAUGUAAUUAACUUUGAUUACCCGAACAGUUCCGAGGAUUAUAUUCAUCGAAUAGGAAGAACUGGACGUUGCCAAAGUGCAGGCACAGCAUAUGCUUAUUUUACACCUAACAAUGCCAGACAAGCAAAGGAAUUAAUUUCUGUUUUGAAAGAAGCCGGUCAGGUGAUAAAUCCGCAACUGGCCGAUUUAGCAAACUCGAUAAAGUCUGCGUACGGCAAGAGCCGUCAACGUUGGAGUCAUUCACGCUCUAACAAGGACAAUAGUUCAACUGGUAGCCCAAGGAACAAUAGCAGCAGUCCAAUUUCAAACAACUGGCAGACUCAACAUGUUCAAAAUACUCAACAUAGUAACGGUAACAGUCAAGAAAGGACUGUUGUACGCCAACAAAAUGGAUACCAGACCAGUCGUCCGAAUAGCUUUCAAUCUAAUUAUCAGCAGCAUCAACAUCAACAGCAGCAGCAGCAGCAGCAGCAACAACAACAGCAGCAGCAGCAGCAACAUCAACAUCAACAGCAGCAACAUCAGCGGCAAUCGAAUGCCUAUACCAAUGGCUGUCAAACUAGCAACAGUUACCAAGCUAGCUAUCAGAAUGCAAAUAUACCUAGAUAUCAUGGAAGAACAAGCGGCUUUCAAGGCAAUCGUUAUCGUCAGAAUGCAUAUAGUACUAAUCAAACAGCUGGAGGACAAAAUGUAUAUUCUAUGCCACCUCCAUUCAUGAUGCCAUCUGCUGGUGGACACACCGAUUCAGGAAUGCAAAGCCUCGUUAACAACAAGUUUUUCCAGACAAAUCGUCCACCACCAAAUACCGGCGCCUGCGCAUAUCAAUCGAUGGGAUACAGCCAGUUCCAAGCUGUACCGCCGUAUAGUUAUCCUUAUCCGCCCACGCCGGUGCAGCAGUAAGGCUUUUCAGACUAUAAAUCGGUAAGAGUGCAGGUUAAGUAAAAAAUCAAUUUUUCCUGUUUAUAUCGGGCCCACUAAAUAUUUACGAUUUAUGUAGACGGUUGGGUCUCUUUUGAAUAUAUAAGUAACAUAAUGUUUCUUCUUUUCUUUGUCAUUUAUUAUCUUUUUCUGGAAUGGUGCCGGUUAAAACGUAUAAACGAAAUAAAAAAUUACUUGAGUUUGUUUUAAAGAAAGAACAAAAAAGAGAGAAAGAGAAGCAGUCAAACAAAUAGAAAAGAAAUAGUCGAAUGAUUUAUUCUUUUGACUGGAGAACAAAAAUUUAAAUAAUACUGUGAAAUGUUUCGAAAAAGAAGAGAAAAGAGAAAUUGAAAAAGAAAGAAAGAAAGAAAGAAUGAUUACUUGUCGAUAGUCCACAAGGCACAUUCCAGUCGAGUUUCUUGAAGUAGCAGUAGUUAUUUAGCACCGAUGCAUUGAUAUAACCAUUACUGGAUGUAGAAUAUGACCAGUAAAUGUGUAGGCUUGUAACCAUUGGUCAUAUCCUUAAGAAAAGUAAUUAAUCUUCUUGCGAUAAAACUAUAUAAACGUCAUUUAAUGCUUUCCCGAAAUGCACGAAACGUAUAGAAGGGGGGUGGUUAAUGUUUUCAUAUUUGAUAAUUUAUUUAUAUUUUGCAUAUAUAUGUAUAUGUAUAUAUAUACACACAUACAUGUAUAUAUAUGUAUAUAUACAUAUAUACAUAAAUACGUGUGUACAGGCAACGCUCUUCAAAAUGUAAGGCCUUUUGCAUAAAAAUUAAGCCGUACAUCCGUUUUUACAAAGCGCACGACAAAUAUUAAAAAAACAUCGUGUCCUCUGUUUUGUAAUGAGAACCGGAUGUUUGUGUCUCUUUGAUAAUAGGGGAGUGAAAUGGUUAAAUCUCAUCUAAAUUAAAGAACUUUGAUGAAGGAUAAAUCCCAGCAUAAUUAUAUAGCGUACAAAAGUGAGUACUUUGAGACUAUCCUGGUCACCGGUGUCUUUGGAAUGAAUUCAAAGCGUGAAGCCGGUUAACGGGUAAGAGAAAGGAAAACUUGGGCUUUAGGGGACAACUUAAAUUAAGCAUGUAGUCACAAUGGCUGUGUACCUUGGCGCAAAGUUUGAUACCUUAUUUUUAUAAUAUAUAUCGAAAGUAAUUUGUUGUUAAACCAACGAAUGAUUAUACGAAGAUAAAAAAAAAAUAAGAGAAACAUUGUUGUUUGAUGUUUAUGCAAUUGGCCACUGAGUGGUCUUGUCCUUGCGCGUCUGUGUACAAUGUAUAGGUGCACGCGCAGGCUGGCCGCGAAUCGAAUGAAAUUUAGUUGUACCUGUUUUUUAGUUCGCACUCAUUGAAAUUCUUGCUAUUUUUAGGGAACGAUUCAGAUUAUCCGAGAGACAUUUUUCUAUCGAAACGUUCAAUCUGUAAGAAAUAAUGCGCUGCCGUGAACAUAUAUUUAAAAGAAGGAGGAUGAAAAGAAAAAAAAAAAAAAGAAUAAGAAACGCGUAACGAAAGUUUUUAACUUAUAUACGAACUUUAACUUAUUUAACUAUUAACUUAUACGAAAAACUACAAAUUCAUUCCGUGAUGAUGAAAACCACGGGAACCGUUUAUCGACAGCGCAUAGCGAUUUUUUGCGGGCCUCCAGAUUACUCUGUACACGUCACUACUCGAAUAAACGAAUAGCGAAGACAUUAAAAAAAAAAAAUAAUACUAAUAAAAAUAAAAAAAAAAGAGCCAACAGAGAAGAAUGCAAGACUCGAAAUAUACACUCGAGCAAGGACUCGUUUGCGAACGACAUUAUAAUGUGAUAAUUAUACGUAACGCUUUUGUGAAAUGGUCUCACAGUUCGUUACUUAAUUACGCACAGUAGAAAAUGUUGUGAAGCAGUACGGUAUGCACAAUAGCAUUCGAACCGCGCGUCACACGCAUACUUCAAGCGGAUUUUGCUCGACAUAAAAAGGGGUUGAGAGAAAAAAAAAGAACUCUGUCGAUUCGUUUCUAAGUUUCCACGUGAUAUAGUCUUUAUAUUCUUCUUUCGCUGAGCUGAUAGACAUCGGAUACAUUCAAAAUGUGUGUGGUGGGGUCGCGAACAGAAGUUAGGCAUUCGCGGUAUAUUGUUGUAUUUGCCCUUUUGAACAAUUGUAAAUGCUUACGCUCCUACUGUGUUGAUCUGACUGCAACACGUUGCGUUGUCGGAACAAAUAGCGGUAUAAAUAAUAGGAACGCGUAUGCUACGAGUAUUGGACAAUUCUGAAUACUCAUACAUUGCGUACGCCCUCUGUUAAAUCAUCCCCUGUCGCUUUGAAUUUAUUUUUCUUCAGAUUCUAUAUCUUUUCGUCGCAGUCGGUGAAAAAUGUAUUAACAUUUCUUUUUUUAUUUAUUCCUUUAGCGAUGAUAGCUUCCUCGUAAAGAAGUUAGAGCAUAUUGUCUGUUGUUCUAGCGCAACUUCGUCUUUUUCAAUUCCAUUAUGUCGUAAGCGAUGCAUCCUUCGUGCAUUUACGAAUCACUGAGGCUUUUGGAUAAACCUUGUCCUUUUAUGAAGAUUCGAAUAUCAGAUAAAUUGAAAUUGGCCAUUCUCGUUUUUUCUUUCUAAAUCGAAGAUCUUGUUGCAAUUCCUCUCAGUGUCUUCUGAGUAAGUCCGAUCAGGAUGGGCAUUUGCUCAAUCGAUUGAGAAUCCUUGUCUGUCGAACAGUAGUCUUCUGUAACUUGAAUCUGAAUCUCGCCUCCAUCCUUCGAGGUCAGCAAUGUUGUCAACUAUUCAUCAUUUCAACAUACAGAUUUCAAUAUACAGAUUCUUCCCAAGUGUUUCAGAAAGUCUCAGGAUUGCAAACCCUUUAAGCUGUGCUGCGUUUGUUUGCAUAAAUUGCAAUGGGAUGAAGGCAAGAGUAAGAAUCGAUGAUCAUCGAACAUGCAUAUCUUUUGUACAACCGAAUCUCUAACGAAUAAUCGUAAAAACUUAGGAACUUUUACAUUACACUUGGCUCGAAGUGCAAACGAAAUGAAUACAGAGCAAACACCGAGACCAAAACAUUAGGCAGCAAAGGGUUAACACGUUUUACAUUUAACAGUGACGCAUGACGAACUGUGUGCUUUUGUGUUCCUCCCGAGCAAAACAAAUGUUUUUCUUUUUUUUCUGGUUUUUUCUUGUUUUUUUUUUUUUUUUUUUUUUUUUGUUUUUUUUUAACGAAAUGCAGCUUGCAUUUUGAAAAUUGAUAGUGGGUGUACGCGUAGCUCUGUGAUAUGUAAGAUGUAGCAUAUUUAUAGAUCUACCUAUCGUGCAUCAUGAUUAAAAUAAGGAACGUAUCUUAUCAGUUUUAUACAUGGUAUACAAAUCAUGUGUAAACGACGUGUACUGCGAGAGCUCGCUGUCUAUUUAAGAAAAGAGGAACGAAAGUUGUUAGGAAAAAGCGAAAGAUCAGUAUUUCUUUUAUUUCAAUCUUUUUGUUUUGCGUUUGCCAUGCGAAUUCGUGUAUUGUCAGGCUAAAGAACGGGGCAAAAGAAAUUGGGAGAUGAAAACGUGUAUUAUUUCUGAGCGUUUUUCUGUUCAUGAAUAUCCAAGUCUUUUUUUUUUACUUUUUAUUUUCAUUUCACUGUGUAGUCUGACAAACUCAUCUCCUACGCGAGUAUAAACGUGAUGAUAUUUUUCAUGUGUUUUUUUUUCCUUCGAUUAUCGUGAAAUUGUUUUCUCUUUUUUUUUUUAUAAUCGAACCUCGGUAACUCGAAUCUCGGUAAGGUGAACAAUUUCUUCAUUUCCUUCCGUUCCACUGCGAAAACCAAGUAACUCGAUCUAAUAGGACUAACAGCUCUGCGAUCUGCAAUUGUUUAUAUAUAGCAUAGCAACAUUCAACUUUCAUUUAUCACUCGAUAAAACGAAACCAUCCAUCAUCAUUCGAAGAUUUUCUCCUUAGCCUCGAGUUAUCAGGGUUUGAUUUUGUUUUGUACGUUUGUUUGUUAGAAUAUAGUCUUUUAAUAUUUACGUGUUGUUAAUUAAAAGAAACUGUGGAACUUGAGUGAUGCUCAGUCUAUGAGUAUUUUUGUUAAUUUUCCUUUUUUUUUUUUUUUUUUUUUUUUUGUACUAUUUUUCUUUGUUAUCUGCGUCAACGAGCAGUUAUAAAUUCUAUGUUCACUUAUAUCCGUACUAACUACAUAUAAGUACAAUAUUCCAGAGACUAAAACGUGGAUGCGUACCUUUCGAGUAGCAGGACAUGUGGUAUAUGUUCAAUUCUCUAAAGAGCAAAGUGGAAUUAUAUCGUUUUCUUUCUACUAGUCGACAAUUGUUCAUCCGUUCGUAUUUUGUAUUAUAUAAUUCCAUUUCGUCUUGUUGUUAUAGGAAAACGUCCAUCGAAUCGUACACUUUUUAAACAUAUGAACUUCUAAACGAGAUCCAGUCAUCCUUCGUCGAUGAACGGGAGAUUCUUGCGGGGAAAAUCUUGCUUCUCUUGCGUCGUUACAGAGAUGGGAAAAGCGUCAAAGGGAACUUUCGUAGCGUGUUCGAUAAACUCUUGCAAUAUCGAUGAACUCGAACAAUUUUUGGUCUAGGAUAUAUUUCUAGCGAUCCGUGUAUAUUUUUUUAAGUAAGUUUGCAACGCUGGUAGUAAAAGGUCGAACGAUGGGAUAGGUGUAGGAGAGAGGGAGAGAGGGUGGAUGGGUAGUUUUCGAAGAUAUCUCUGACACGCCUUCCGUCUGUUAUUUAAAAAAAACAAAUGGUUCGAAGAAAGAAAUAUGAUCGUGGAAUCUUCUUAACGCUUGCAUUAAAAAACACUCCGGCCCAGAAUCGUGCUAGUCGAACCGAUCGAACUUGCAAUUUUUCCAUUUGUUUGCGUACUAAUCUGUCGGUUUUUGUUUCCCCUCGACAAAAAAAAAAAAAAAAGGAAACCCAAGAAAUAAAAAUAAGGAAAAAAAAAAAGAAAGGGUCAACGAGAGACGGUAAUUGGCACGAAGUUCUUCGCGAUUUGUCCGAGCCGACGAAUGAACAAUAUGGUGUCGGGUUUUGCGUGCCGGAACGAUCGUUGAUGACACUAACGCGCAUAUAGCCUCGGGAACACGAGUACCUUUUUAAUGAUUAAUGCUGAACGCUGUGAUAUCGCGUACAUAAACAUUUUUAUUAUUAUGAUAAACGUAAAUGUGCAUAUUGUAAUGUUAAAAGAAGAAAAAAAAAUGAAGAGUACUAUUCUCCUUUAUAUGUGAAGACUGAAUCUCGCCAACUUAUACACAGGUUUAGCCAGCCGCAGAUACGUUCGUAUACUGUCUAGACUACAGAUAGACUAUUUGUACAUUAUUAAUUGUAACAAUAUGUUUUACGUGGGUAGUGCCGGGACUAUUGAGGUGACGCGGUACUAUUAUGUUAUAGUUCGAUAACGGGUGCGUGUUCGUAUUGUGCAUUUUUCUUUCUUCUUUUUUUUUUCUUUUUUUUUCUUUUUUUUUCUGAAUCGAGAAUCAAUCGAUCUCUUCGGUGUGUCGCGACAAGAAAUUCGCCAGACUUCUCGCGUUCACUUUUCGUAGGUGUUGGAAUGGUUGCACGAAUCUGGUUUCCUGUUUCCUGUUUUCUUUCUUCCGUAUCUGUUUGCAAGUUGUUCGUUUCUCGAUCGGAAUUGAAGGGAGGAGAUUCGAUCGGGAAGAGAUAGAAAAUAAAGAGAAAUCGCUUACCUGGUUUCCAACGAUCGCUUGCCACGUUUUUCGCUUUUCGAUUUAUCAAUUAGAUCGUUCGUGAAAUAA